AUGCAGUCAAUUAUGAGGAAUACUGCUAUUCGUACAAAUGCACGAGCGUUUACUCGUACCGUUGCGCGUCAAGCACCUCGUUCUGCCGCCUCGGUCCACACAUUACCGGAUCUCCCAUACGCCUACGACGCCCUUGAGCCACACAUUUCAAAGCAAAUCAUGGAGCUACACCACUCCAAGCAUCACCAGACAUACGUAAACGGUCUUAAUGCUGCCGAGGAGAGUUAUGCAAAGGCCUCGACGACACAGCAAAAGAUCGCUCUGCAGGCUGCACUCAAGUUUAACGGAGGAGGUCAUAUAAAUCAUUCUUUCUUCUGGAAGAUCCUCGCGCCUACUUCUCAGGGCGGCGGCCAACUUGCGGAUGGAAAGCUCAAGAGCGCCAUUGAAAAAGACUUUGGCAGCAUCGACGCCUUCAAAAAAGAGUUCAAUACAAAGGCCGCUGCUAUUCAGGGAAGCGGCUGGGGCUGGUUGGGAUAUAAUACGACGACGAAGAAGUUGGAGAUCACGACAACCGCUAACCAGGACCCUCUGCUUGCUCCAUGGGUCCCCAUCAUCGGAGUGGACAUGUGGGAGCACGCCUUCUACCUCCAGUACAAGAAUGUCAAGCCAGACUAUCUGGGCGCCAUUUGGCACGUUAUCAACUUUAAGCAUGCGGAGAGUUUGUAUGCCGAGGCCACCAAGUAA